AUGAGUUCAGCUGUUGUAUCUGCUACCAACCGUCCAUGGUAUGCUGAUAAUGCCAACUAUCUUGCUGCAGAGGCCGAGCCUGAAAACUUUAAAGGCUAUGCGAAGAAGAAGUUCCUGAGAGAGCUAAGGAGAUAUCACUGGGACGAGCCAUAUGUGUACAAGCACUGUUCUGAUGGGAUUUACAGAAGCAUUGCAGAGUCAGAGGUUCCAGAGGAAUUGUUUCAUUGUCAUGGAUCUGAAUAUGCUGGACACUUCACGACCUUUAAAACAGUGUCUAAGUGUGUCAAAGCCAUUGCCAGCCCCACCAAUGAUUCUUCAGUGGUUCUCAAGAUGUUCAAGACCAUCAUCUUCCCUCGAUUUGGAGUGCCUCGAAUUGUUAUAAGUGAUGGUGGUUCUCAUUUUAUUAACAAGGUUUUUGAAAAACUCCUAAGGAAACAUGGAGUUCAUCAUCGAGUCGCAAUUCCUUAUCACCCUCAGACGAGUGGACAGGUUGAAGUCUCAAAUCGACAGAUCAAGGAGAUCUUGGAGAAGAAAGUGGGUAAAACUCGGAAGGACUGGGCUGCAAAGUUGGACGAUGCACUCAGGACGUACAGGACAGCGUUCAAAACGCCUCUAGGUACCACGCCUUUCCACCUGCUCUAUGGAAAGCCUUGUAACCUUCCAGUAGAGAUCAAACACAAGGCAGCUUGGACAAUAAAGAUGAGGAACUUCGAUACCAAGUCUGCUGCAGAGAGGAGACUAAUACAGCUGAAUGAGUUGGAUGAAAUCAGGCACCAUGCCUAUGAGAAUUCGAAGCUAUACAAGGAGAGGACCAAGGCGUAUCACGACUUGAAAAUCCUUUCCAGGCAAUUUGAACUGAAUUACCAGAAGUUUGAUGGUGGAGCUGUGGAAUACAAGGUCCAAAGCAAUGGAGGAUCCAAACCUUUUGCUAAGGUCAUGGCAAUCCUCACACAAGAGCUCAUUGACAAAGGGUCAUCUGGUGUUCAAGAGAUGAUGAACAAGGCUAUCACACUUGACUUCAUGGACAAGACAAGGAGCAUCAAUUCUAUUCCUAACCUAAACUAA